AUGGCAUCCUCUCUCUUUCCCAUUGCCGCAUCGCCCUAUCGGGAGUUUACGAAAAGACCUAUAAACCGAUACAACUACCAUGGACCUCCUUUCGACGUGCCCGUGACUAUAACUGAUCGCGAUGGUACUCUUAUCCAUGAACAACAAGGUCAAGGUCUUCUUUACGCCAUAAUUACCCACAACGACGUUGAGUUUCUUGAGAAAUACUUCGCUAUUGAUCCUCGGGCAAUUCCAAACCUAUUUGACCUUCCCGAUGACGAUGAAGCCAUUUGUGACUUGGGCGAAUUGUUCCGUGCCGCAGCCGAAAGUGGCAGUCUUGGCACACUUCAAACGCUCCUGGAUUACACCACAAAAGACCUUGAUGAUGCGACGAAGCCGAUAAGGUUAAUCAGGGCCAAUUUCCAGCUUUUGAAUGUGGCCGCUCAAUUCGGUCGUAUUGAGAUUGUGCAAUGGCUCCUCGACACCCAGCCAUUAUACGCCAGUAUUCACGAUCGAGAUCUCAGAGGCUUUACCGCGCUCGCGGCAGCAGCGGAUCUCUUUUCAUUUAACUCUUUCUCUUGUCCCGCCUAUGAUGAGGUGUGUUUUGAAAAUAAUGAGGCCAUAAUGAAUCUACUGCUUGAUCAUGGUGCCUGCACUUCUGAUGUCGUCUGUCCGACGAACGACAAGGAUCAAAGGAACCCUAGUAUUCAUCAAUGUGUAUUGUUAUGCGCUGGGGCUGAAGCUUCAUUUAACCGGUUGAACCCAUCACAGCUCCCUAGUGUUCUCACUUUGGCUGCACAGUGGGCAAGUACUGAUUUACUUGAAAGACUCAUUGAUGGAGGUGCCGAUGUGCACUACAAGGAAGCAGUCAUGCCAAGGCAGCUUAAGAUCCAGUCUCCACGUGAGUUACCUGUCAAGAUAGAGAUCACUGCGCUGUUUCUUGCAUCCUUUCGCGCAAACCCCAGCGGCAUCAAGAUUUUGGUUGAUCGCAGAGGUGAUGGAGUUACUAUCGCAGACAUGAUUUGCUCUCCAGACUGCGUUGGAAGCCUCCCCCUUCACUGGGCAGCUCGAAACCAAUUACCACAUUCGCCUAGACUCAUGCCAGCAACGAUACUCCAUGAGACAGCUGGACAGAUCACCCGUACUAUUGAACAGCUCUUGGACUUCGCCCCCACUACAGUCAACAUUCAAGAUAGUUUUGGAAACACGGCACUGCAUUACGCCACCCGCUACUUCGGAAAAAAUGGCACGAUAUAUAAUUCUGUCUUUGAACUCCUAUACAGCCGGGGCGCGGAUGCGAGCCUUCGCAAUCACAAGGGAGAAACCCCUCUGCAUACUUUAUUCAAGCCUAAUAAGCCUUAUAAAGACGCCGCACCCAUUGAUCCAGUCAAUAUAUCGCUUUUACUCGCCCACGGCGCCAAGACUACAGACGUUGAUAAGACUAGAAACUCGCCACUACAUGUUGCGUGCUCCAGCGUAAAGUUUGGUGGUAAUACUAUCUCAGUCUUGCUUCAGCAUGGCGCCGACCCUGGUUUGCGAAAUUUUGAGCAAGACACGCCCAUCCAUAGGAUUGCUGGCUUUUAUUGCGUCCGAGACGGGUUAAGCAGCGAAGCGGAUGGGUUCAUGAGGGCACAAGAUGAUAUCCUAGAAAGGAUGGUGCAAGUUGGAGGGGCACAAUUGAUGGAGCUCCAAAAUCCAUCUGGGAAGUCUACAAGACAGAUAUAUCAAGAUUCACGGGCGAAAUGGCUGGAGGACGCGCGUAGAUACGAAAAUCGAGGCAGCCGUCGUAGGGGUGGCAGGGGGCACUGA